GUUGAUUAAUAGAUUGAUUGAUUGAUUGAUUGAUUGAUUGAUUGAUGGAUUGAUUGAUCAAUAGUUUAUCAUUAUUGACUAGCCGACUGACUAAUUAAAUGGCUAAUUGAGAACAGUAGGGGCUGAGUGGAGAGGCAUUCUUUUAUUUACAGAGUGCUGUUGAAAGUUGUCAACAGUUCAACCAUGAAGCAUUUUUUAAAUCAAGUUAUGUUUUGUAGGACAUGUCAAGUUAUGUGAAAAAAGUUCACUUUAAACUUCAUGAAAGUUAUGCUAAUCCCUUGAGAGUUGUAACAAAACCUCCGUAUGAAGUGAAUGAGUCAGGCUGGGGAGAAUUUGAAAUACAGAUCAAAAUCUUCUUCAUGGAUCAGGCAGAGAGACCAGUGACAUUUUAUCAUCUUUUGAAGCUUUUCCAAACAGAAUCUGCUCUUGCCUCUGGAAAGAAGCAGUUGGUUUCUGAGUUCUAUGAUGAGAUUAUUUUCCAAGACCCCACACAGAUGAUGCAUCAAUGCUUACUGAGUGCAAGACAGUUGCCGCCAAUAAAACACGAGUCAGACUGGGCUGAAAUUGAACAAAGAACAACGGCGUCCAUUGGCGGUGCCCGACAAAAGAUCGGCAAAGAAAUCAGCGAGUUACACGAGAAGCUUAAAGUCUGCAAGGACGCCAUUCACCAAAUGAAAGCUGAAAUAGCCAAACUGGAACAACAAGAUCAAGAGAGCCAGGACCCCACCACGGCGCCGGCUGUUUUACAAUAAGGAAGUGUUGUGUUCGGCAAAUUAUCCGAAGAUCUACCGAUAAUUUCCGAUUAUAGUUUCCGAUUAUAGUUUCCGAUUAUUAUCGAGCACGUCAGAAGUUGGUAUUCCAGCUUGUUAUCAUCAGCAUAUGUACUGUUGCUUAGCAACUUUCAGCGGGCUCAGACUGUUACAUCAAUCAAAUAGGGAAACUCUGAGCAACUUACACAUCAAGUAAGAAAAUACUUGUCGUGCAGUCAUUUUGUAAUAUACGAACCGAAUAUAUUCCACAUUGCGAUGGAAAGGAGUAGCGCAACUUUCUUUUCUCCUGUAUUUAUUUCCAGUGAAUAAAUAUUGAGUCUUAGGCUUAUAAAACGCUUGCCUUUAGAUCAGACCUGAAGAUUUGGGAAAGCAUUUAAGUAAUCGAUAUUGUUUUCAUAAAUUGCUCGAUGUUAUUAUUAUACAAAUUAUUUAAUAUAUGUAUUAGUUUAGCUAAUAAUCAUCCGCCAUUUGACCCGCAAAAAUCCAGAUCCGUUGCAUUGUUGCGUUUUUGCCUGCAAUCCACAUUGAUAGCUUCUGAUCCUGUCGUACCAACAAAAACGCACUCUACUCUUUUUUUUUCUAUAACAAUAUUGUUUUUCCGGCCCAGGCUGAACAUUGCUGAAAAUAUUCUUGUCAAUAUUCUUGGAUUAGAUAAAGGAAUACAAAGUAGACUAUGACGAUAAAACGUCAGAUUUAUCUGUCCUAUCAUGUACAUUGAUGGCUUUGAAGUAAUUUUGGAGCCAGACUGCACGAAAAGAUGGUAAGCCUAAUGUGACUUACGGAACUUCUUUCAGAAAGGUUAUUAAAACUGAACAUACGGCUA